UUUACUCUGUAGAUUAUGUGCAGAAUCAUUUGCAAAAGAUAUAUCAAAUAACAUGAAUGAAUCUAUAAAUGUUGUUGAAAAAAUUUAUCAAUAUUUUCAAAUAAACAUUUCUGAAAAUGAUAUCCUACCCAAAGAUGUCUGUCGUAGUUGUUACCAAAAAGUAUUUGAUACCUGCGAAUUUCAUCAACAAAUUAAGAAUGCACAAAAUAUACUUCAAGCAAAACUUGUAAUAAAAUGUGAAGAGGUUGAUGUUAAAUCAGAGGACAUUACAUCAUAUGAUUCCUGGUUUUACGACGACGAUGAACCUUUGUCGAAUCAUAUUGUUGCCAAAAGUGAACUAAAAGGUAAAGAUAAGGAGAAUGUCAUUUGUAAUUAGGGCCUAUGUUGAGCAGUU